AUGACGGCCAGCGCUGAGCCGCCGAGGCGGCGGCGGCCCGGGGUGGGGGUCGGAGUGGUGGUGACGAGCUGCGAGCAUCCUCGUUGCGUCCUCCUGGGGAAGAGGAAAGGGUCGUUUGGAGACGGCAGCUUUCAGCUUCCAGGGGGUCAUUUGGAAUUCGGUGAGACCUGGGAAGAAUGUGCUCAAAGGGAAACCUGGGAAGAAGCAGCUCUUCGCCUGAAAAAUGUCCACUUUGCCUCAGUGGUGAAUUCUUUCAUUGAGAAAGAGAAUUACCAUUAUGUCACUAUAUUAAUGAAAGGAGAAGUAGAUUUGACUCAUGGUUCAGAACCAAAGAAUGUAGAACCUGAAAAAAAUGAAAGAGGAUUCAGAGAGAAGAUGGUUGUCUAUGAACCAGGAAAUGGGCCCUUGCCAGAUACCAGAUCUGCCAGUGUCUUGAUCUUGGACUUCCAGCCUCCAGAACUGUUGGGAAUGGGUUCCAUGGGAAGAAUUUCCUCCAGUAGACCAACUUUUCUGGGCACUCCGUUGUUUAAAGAAGCAAGGCUAUGAUCCAUUUAAAGAAGAUUUGAACCAUCUGGUAGGAUACAAGGGAAAUAAUCUCUAGGUGCCAAGAAGACUCCUUGAUUUUAUUUUUUAAAAGACAAAAAUAAGGUUUAGUUAGGGAAUGUAAAAUACAUACAUUUCAGAACAACUUCAUUUUAUCUAAAAAUGUUCCAUUUGAUUGCCAGUUUAUUUGCAUUCUCUUAAAUAUCUACUAUCCUUGGGAAGAUCUUUCUGAAAUAGGUCAUUGUAGUGUAUUUCAGACACAGAAUGUAGGAUAAAUAGGGAUAUUGUGGUUAAUCUGCUUUCCAUAUUUAUCUGUGAUAUUUCCUGUGUGGUUUGUCAUUACAGUUUGCAUGGUAUAAUUACAAUGGAACUUGCCUUAUAAGUGUUUCAGUUCAAAUUCAGAUAUAAUUUAAAUUCAAACAGUAUAUCUAUAGCAGGAUUUAUUAUGUUUGUUGAUUUCCCUUUUUCAUUAAAAAAACUUUUUUGGUACUAGAUUGUGACAAUUUUGUAACUAGAGAGAACAGGAUAGGCCAAUAAGGCAUAUUUCCCAGGUUUGUGAUUGAGAACCUAAACUAAGAGAAGUGAGACAAACCAUCUAAGAUCUGUACCCUGCCAUUAACAUGCAUGUAGUUAUGAGUGUCUCACUUCCUCUGCUGAGAUCCAGUAGGCUUAUAUGUAAAAUGAGAGUACUUUAGGGCAGUGGCUCUUAAACUGUGGUCUAGGUGGGUCCUCAAGAACCUUUCAGGGUAUUCAAAGCCAAAGCUAUUAUUAUAAUACUAAGAUAUCAUUUAACUUUUUCACUCUCAUUCCUUUAUGAGCAUACAAUGGAGUCUUGCAUAGGCUGCUUGAUGUGUGAUAUGGUUACAGACUAAAUGUUAAAGCAGAUAUAAGAAUCCUGCUUUGUAAUAUGAAGUCAGAUAUUAAAGGUAUUUGCAAAAAUGUGUGA